UUCAUUUUAUUUUUAAUAAUCAUUCGGGCGCUUUGCUCACGGCUAACAAUGGCGGAGCGACACGUCAAUCAAAAAUACAGGAAGCUGGCAAAGUUUACGCUGGUCCUAAUGCUCCUAUUCGGCGUCCAUUUCACAAUAUUCCUCUUCAUUUCCGACAGUCCGGACAUGGUAGUGCCUAAACUCUACGCCGAGAUGUUCAGUAAUGCCUUCCAGGGAUUCUUUGUCUCUAUGUUUUUCUGCUUUCUAAAUGAAGAGGUUCUAUUAGCAGUGCGGCGGGGUUGGAGUCGUUUCAUGGCGCGGCAGAGGAGCAAGCGACAGCUGACGGAAAGUCACCGACUUCACGGGCCGAGAUCUACCGAAACCAAGCACAUCCUGAGUGGCAAGAAAGACCGGGGAGUUCAGGUCUACUCCAAGCGUGAUGGAGACAACCGGGGUAGCGAGUUUCAGGCUACCAUGACGACGUCGUGGCGAGGAGGAAACAGGGGAAAACCUGGGGAUUCCCCGGGCCAAGACACUGGUGAGGCCAAAACCAGGAGAAAGUGUGUGUUCCUUGAUAAACGUCCCACCUCUGCCGGAAAUCCGGAGGCUGUGUGUGUGCUCCACGACAGAAACAGCACCCGGAACCCGGACAGCGUUUCGCCGGAAUCUGGAGAUCAGUCUUCGCGGGGGUCCUCGUUUGAGCGCGCUUUGGACUCAGGUGUCCACAGUUCUUGA